CACAGAAAACAUUAGCACUGAAGGUGUGUUUCUCCUCUUCAGAAAUGAAAAUUGAUAUUCAUAGCCACAUUCUACCUAAGGAAUGGCCCGACCUAAAAAAGCUUUGUAAAUACUGGACCUUCAAGCUAAAAAAAUCUAUUGUCAAGAUACUGAUUUAACAGCCUAGAAAAAUAUCACAAGUAUAAAAAAAAUUCACAGGAAAAAAAGCAGAUAUGGACUGUCAAUACCUACAACUAAUAGCUGAGGGGAAGAAAGAAUAAAAUAAGUUCAGAACCAGACCAAAGGGUUUCUCUAUUGCCUAUGGGCUCCUUCAGCAUCCAUUUCAGAGAUAUGGAUAUGGUGGAUGGGUACAGCUGGAUCAUCACUGCAAGGGACAGGCAAAGAUGAUGAAGGAUGGAAAGAUUUUUAGAGUUAUUCAAGAGAACUGCUGGGAUCCAGAAGUACGGAUCAAAGAGAUGGACCAGUCAGGAGUCACCGUCCAAGUCCUGUCCACAGUCCCUGUAAUGUUCAGCUACUGGGCCAAACCUCAGGACACGUUAGAUCUCGCCCAGAUAUUAAACAAUGACUUAGCUGCUACAGUAAAAAAGUACCCCAAGAGGUUUGUGGGGCUGGGCACAUUACCUCUGCAAGCUCCAGAGCUGGCUGUGAAGGAAAUGCAUCGUUGUGUGAAUGAACUUGGGUUUCCUGGAGUGCAGAUAGGAUCUCAUGUCAAUGAGUGGGACCUGAAUGCCCCAGAGCUGUAUGAUAUUUAUGCUGCUGCUGAGAAAUUAAAUUGCUGUCUCUUUGUGCAUCCCUGGGACAUGCAGAUAGAUGGGAGGAUGUCCAAAUAUUGGUUUCCUUGGCUAAUAGGCAUGCCAACAGAAACAACCAUGGCCAUUUGUUCCAUGAUUAUGGGAGGAAUUUUUGAAAAAUUCCCUAAGCUGAAAGUUUGUUUUGCACAUGGAGGUGGAGCUUUUCCAUACACAGUGGGUCGAAUCUCCCACGGAUUCAACGUGCGCCCUGAUUUGUGUGCCAUGGAUAAUAAGGUGGAUCCAAGAAAAUACCUUGGCUCAUUUUACACAGACUCUCUUGUCCACGACCGUGGGGCACUAAGGCUGCUAACAAGUGUAGUAGGAGAGGACAAAGUUAUUUUGGGGACAGAUUACCCUUUUCCACUUGGGGAACUGGAACCUGGAAAAUUGAUUGAUUCAAUGGAUGAUUUUGACCAUAGACUGAAGGAUAAACUCAAAGCUGGAAAUGCUCUGGAAUUUUUGGGUCUUAGCAGAAAACAAUUUGAAUAACUAUGAAGUUAUCCACAAAGUGGAUAAACUUCAGAAAUAAUAUCCUUCUAUUUCUAUUGGUAUAUGUAAUUGUACACAUAAAAAAUAAAAUUGACAGUUAUCUGA